UCUGAGACAGUCACGCUGCGAUUCAUUCAGCCACAUCACCCACACGCAUACUCCUGCCCAGCGUGAGCUCACAGUCUGUCUACCUUUCGCUUGAAAGUCUGCGUGUCCGUGAGAAACUGUGCUGUUGUUUCACACCUAAGGCAGAAUAUUACAGAUCUGACUGUUGUACACUUUCUUUAGUUUAGCAAGAAUCUCACCUCCUUCCAAUGGGUCCCGGUAUAGUUAUACUUUUCUCUCUGUUCGGAGUUCUCAACGGACAAGGUGGAAAACAGAUGUCAAUAGAGGAGUGCUGUAAGGAUGGUCGGGACCGGGGCAUUGAUAACCAGGACUGCACAGCCCUCCCUCUCAUCUCCGAGUCCACCACAUGCAGGAUAGUACAGGAGCAGUGCUGCGCGACGGUACUGGAGGACUCCAUCUGCACAAACGGCAUCAACAUGGCCAAAGACCAGGGGGGCUGUGACACCCAGUUUCCUGGAAGCACCUGCGAGACCAAGACCACAAGGAUGUGCUGUGACUGUUGUCUGCUGGGCCGGGCUGCUCAGGAGAAGGGUCUGCCCUGUGACCACAGCCUGUCUCUGGGUUACCAGUGUGGCCUGGUGUCCCGGGCCUGCUGUGAUGACGGAGCCCCCGAUGUGAAGACCAUCACUCUGGUUCCAGACAAAGACAACGAGGCCCUCACUGGCAAGGAUGAUCCGUUACUGAAUGAGUGCAGUAAUGCGAAGUGUGCACAGGAAUGUGUGGGCAACGGCACCUGUGCCUGCUUCAAAGGCUACAAACUCAAACCAGAUGGGAAGAACUGUGAAGAUAUAAAUGAGUGCCUGCUGGGUGCCAGUAACUGCCGAGGAGGUGAGCGCUGCAUCAACACGCUGGGGUCAUUUCGUUGCCAAAGAGAGGUCAGCUGUGGUACCGGUUACGAGCUUACCGACAGCAACAACUGCAAAGACAUUGACGAGUGUGAGUCGGGCACCCACAACUGCGCCCCGGACUUUAUGUGUCAGAACACUCAGGGGUCAUUCCGCUGUCGGCCCAAGAACCAGUGUGGCGAUGGAUACAUCCAGGAUGCUCUGGGCAGCUGCAUCGACAUCAAUGAGUGUCUGGCCCAGACUGGGCCUUGCCACCCUGGCCAGUCGUGUAUGAACACGGUGGGCUCCUUCACCUGCCAGAGGAACUCUGUCAACUGUGGCCGGGGAUACCACCUAAACGACAACGGCAACCGCUGCGUGGAUAUUGAUGAGUGUAAAGGUCCUGAUGGAGAGUGUGCAGGCCAUGGCUGUAUCAACCUGGUAGGAUCGUUCCGUUGUGAGUGUAAGAUUGGCUUCAUCUUCAACAGCAUCAGCCGCGUAUGCGAAGAUAUCAAUGAGUGCAGGCACUACCCUGGGCGCCUCUGUGCCCACAAGUGUGAGAAUGCCGUGGGGUCCUAUAAGUGCAGCUGCACCCAAGGCUUCAAGCUGGCCAGCGACGGCAGGAACUGUGAUGAUCUAAACGAAUGUGAGAGCAGCCCUUGCAGUCAAGAGUGUGCCAACGUGUACGGCUCCUACCAGUGCUACUGUCGCCGUGGCUACCAGCUCAGUGACAGGGAUGGCAUCAACUGUGAAGACAUUGAUGAGUGUGCCUUGCCCACCGGGGGUCACAUCUGUUCCUACCGCUGCCACAACACCCCCGGGAGCUUCCACUGCAACUGCCCCGCCACCGGCUAUACUCUGGCCCCCAAUGGACGCAGCUGCCAGGAUGUUGAUGAGUGUGUGACAGGGACACACACCUGCUCUGAGACAGAGAGCUGCUUCAAUGUACAGGGUGGAUUCAGAUGCUUGUCCUUUGAGUGUCCGCCAAACUAUCGCCGAGCAGGAGAGAAGGCAAGGGUCGAGCGCUCAGACACCGUCCGCUGUGUGAAGUCGUGCCAGCCCAAUGACAUCAGCUGUGUCCUGGACCCUGUACACUCAGUCUCCCACACUGUCAUCUCCAUGCCUACCUUCAGGGAGUUCACCAGGCCUGAAGAGAUAGUUUUCCUGAGAACCAUGUCGAUGGCGCACUCCUCCCCCCACAUCAGCUCCGACAUCGUGUUCGACAUCCUGGAGGGAAAUGUCCAGAAUUCCUUCGACAUCGUCAAACGUGAGGAGCACGGCAUAAUCGUGGGUGUGGUCCGACAAGUGAAGCCUCUGAUUGGCCCGCUGAACAUGGUAUUGAAGCUGGCUAUGAACUACGUCACCUCUGGGGUGGUGUCUCAUCGGAACAUCGUCAGCGUCCACAUCUUCGUCUCCGAGUUCUGGUUCUGAGUACAGGACACACACCAACACCACCUCACAUAGCCAUACUGUUCUACCACAGUACUACCAACACCACCUCACAUAGCCAUACUGUUCUACCACAGUACUACCAACACCACCACACAUAGCCAUACUGUUCUACCACAGUACUACGAACACCACCACACAUAGCCAUACAGUUCUACCACAGUACUACCAACACCAUCACACAUAGCCAUACAGUUCUACCACAGUACUACCAACACCACCACACAUAGCCACACAGGUCUACCACAGUACUACCAACACCAACACACAUAGCCAUACAGUUCUACCACAGUACUACCAACACCACCACACAUAGCCAUAAAGUAUUUCCACUUACACACUACUACCACACAGUACAACCACAGUCCUAUAACUUUACCCUCCUAGCAUGAAGAGAAAGGAGAUUGCUGAGUGCAUGGAGGAGAAAAUGAAGAUUAUUUAGGUGUAUAACUAAAAGGAUAUGAAUAUCAUUGGAGGGUCCAAUAAAGGGAUAUCCUGAUACAACCAACACACAUUUUAAUAACUUUAGUUAACUUUCAUUCCUUUUCGAUGAAGAUAAACAGACCACUAGCUGCUUAGUUGCUUUUGUUAUUGUAUGAAACUAAAGCACUUCCCAGUAAGUUUACCUGUAAUAUAAGUAGAUGUAACAAGCCAAGCCAUGAGUGGAUGCAUGCAUCUGACCUACGGAACUUGACGUGAAGACUCAUUAACUGUAUCAUAUAAUGUAAGCAUGCUGUCAUGCCCAAGACUAUAGAAUGUGAUUGUGAAUUGAAAGUGCAUGCGUAGACAUGGAGAUGUGAAAAGCCAUUGGAGGAUUCAACAGUUGAAUGUAACACUAACCCUUGAGUAAUGAUGUGUAUUACAUUUCAUUAUCUUACUGUAUACAUUGCGAAAGGUGUUUCGGUACUAAAUAAACCGUCUUGUUUUUA